CUCUCACAGGGGGCGUGACGGAAGAUCGCCCGCUAGCGUCCGUUAAUGCUCCAACUGUCAAGUUAGUGUGAAGAUUAGCUGAUGAAGACAGCAGCAGCAGCAGCAGCAGCAGCACUAUCUGAGACUUACUGAGCUUCACAGGUUGAAUAAAGUAAAAACACCUCGUUAGUAUCCCGGAUAUCUACCGGUUUGUACGUCUCUCUACCGUCUGUUGUGAACCGGAGCUGACAUGUUAACGUAGCCGUUAGCAGGCCGAGGAGAGCUGGCUGCUGAGUGUCCUUCAUCCAGACUCAGGAGCAUAGAUGUUUCUCUUUACCGAGUCUGUCCACGUUGAAGAGGAUGCGCAAGGACGUGAGGAUACUGUUAGUGGGAGAGCCCAAAGUGGGGAAGACAUCUCUCAUCAUGUCCCUGGUCAGCGAGGAGUUCCCAAAAGUGGUUCCCUACCGAGCUGAGGAAAUCACCAUACCUGCAGAUGUCACACCGGAGAGAGUUCCCACACACAUCGUGGACUAUUCCGAGGCAGAGCAGACAGAUGAGCAGUUGUUCCAGGAGAUCUCCAAGGCAAAUGUGAUUUGCAUUGUCUACUCUGUCAACAACAAGACGUCCAUAGAAAAGGUGACGAGCCACUGGAUCCCCCUCAUUACCGAGAACACAGACAAGGACAGCAGGGUUCCUCUGAUUCUGGUGGGGAACAAGUCGGACCUGGUGGAGCACAGCAGCAUGGAGACCAUACUGCCCAUCAUGAACCGGCACAGCGAGAUAGAGACUUGUGUCGAGUGUUCAGCAAAGAACCUGAAGAACAUCUCAGAGCUGUUCUACUAUGCCCAAAAGGCAGUUCUGCACCCCACAGGUCCUCUUUACUGUCCAGAGAAAAAAGAUAUGAAGUCACUUUGUGUCAAAGCUCUGACACGAAUCUUCAAAGUGUCCGACCUGGACAAUGACGGGAUUCUCAACGAUAAUGAGCUCAACUUCUUCCAGCGGACGUGCUUCAACGCCCCACUAGAGUCUCAGGCGUUGGAGGAUGUAAAAAAUGUGGUGAGGAAGAAUUUGAGUGACGGAGUGUGUGACAACGGACUCACUCUGAAAGGCUUCCUCUUCCUCCACACCCUGUUCAUCCAGCGAGGUCGCCAUGAAACAACGUGGACAGUGCUGAGGAGGUUUGGGUACGACGAUGACCUGGAGUUAAAUCAGGACUACCUCUUCCCUCCGUUGAAACUUCCUCCAGACUGCACCACGGAGCUCAACCACAAUGCCUACCUCUUCCUCCAGAGCGUCUUUGACAAACAUGACAAGGACCGUGACUGUGCCUUGUCACCAGAUGAGACGAGGGAUCUGUUUGAUGUUUUUCCCUACAUGCCCUGGGGUCCAGAUGUCAAUAACACAGUUUGCACUAAUGAGGAGGGCUGGAUCACCUACCAGGGAUAUCUCUCCCAGUGGACGUUAACAACGUAUCUGGAUGUCCAGCGAUGCCUGGAGUAUUUGGGUUACCUCGGUUACUCAAUAAUUGCUGAGCAGGAGUCCCAAGCGGCAGGAAUUACAGUGACCAGAGAUAAGAAGAUUGACCUGCAGAAGAAGCAGACCCAGCGUAGCGUCUUCCGCUGUAAUGUCUUUGGAGAUAUUGGCAGCGGAAAGAGCGGCUUCCUCCAAGCCUACCUGGGUAGAAACCUCAUGCGCCAAAAAACGAUUAGAGAGGAACACAGAUCCUACUACGCCAUCAGCACAACCUAUGUUUACGGCCAGGAGAAAUACCUUCUUCUUCAUGAAGUGUUCCCUGACUUCGACUACCUGUCUGAUGCUGAUCUGGCUUGUGACAUUGUCUGCCUGGUCUAUGAUGUCAGCAACCCUUGCUCCUUUGAGUACUGCGCCAAAGUCUUCAAGCAAUACUUCAUGGACAGCAAGAUUCCCUGCAUGAUGAUAGCAGCGAAGUCCGACCUGCCAGAGAUCAAGCAGAUGUACGGCUGCAGUCCUCUGGACUUCUGUAGGAAACACAAGAUGCCGCCUCCCCAGUCCUUCACAUGUAACACCGCAGCAGCGCCCAGCAGAGACAUCUACACCAAACUUACCACUAUGGCCAUGUACCCCCACGCCCGGCUGCGCUGCAUGUGCACUUGCAACCGGUGCACCUUCUGCUUGUGUCAGAACUUCCUCAACUCUGAGCUGCUGCAGACGGUCAGGGCCAAACUCUACGCUGUUGUGCUCAGAAGACACGUAAGCCAAGCGGACCUGAAGAGCUCGACCUUCUGGCUGAGAGCGAGCGUCGGGGCCACGGUGUUUGCAGUGCUGGGCUUCGCCAUGUACAGAGUGCUGCUCAAACCACGGUGAUCCUCGGGCACCAGGGUCAAAUCCUCUUUACCCCCAUGGUACAUUUAUAGAGCUAUGUUGACCAGUCACAACAUUAAGCUUUCACACUUGCAUUUAGUAAAUCUAUUGAAAAUCUGUCAUGGUUUUGUUUUGGCGGGAAAGAAAAACUUACCUAGCAAACAUUUUUUUUGUUUUUGCAUUUUCAUUCCUCUGUCAUAAAUAUUAAGAGAAAAAUAUUUAAUUUUGUACCAAAAUUGCUAAUUUGCUUAACCUGUUUGUUUGCAAGUUUUUGCAAAGUAAUAUAUCUAUAUUUAUAUAAAAAACGAGGGUAAGCCGCUGAUGAGCCGUAGUGAGUAACAUGAGUGAGUUACAUAUAGAGCUAUUUUUUGGUUGCUCGGUGUCAGUUGUGAUAGGGACUGUGAUGUAUGAGGGUUUGCAAUAACAUUUAUGCUUUUAUUAGACAGAGCUAUAUGUAAAUAGUGUAUAUAAUAUAGUAGACUGUACAUUUGUUUGUCUUUGUCCAAAAGGGCCAUGUUUGAUUCACGCUCAAAACACUGAAUGCAAAGGUAUUAUUAGCUUAGCAGCCUGGUUAUGAACUCGCACAAACAUUAGCAUUCAUAUUCACAAUGACAGAAAUGAGUUUGCCUUUCAAGGCCAAAAAAUGGAUGCACACUUUUUUUAAUGUUUGUACAUCUGAGCAGGUCAGUGUUUGAUCAGUGGAUGUGAAUGUGAGGAAGGGUCGGUCGCUCGCUCUCUUUUCAUGUCUUCCCAUGUUGGUCACUUUAUUCAUCAGAUGGUGUGUGUGUGUGUGUGUGUGUGUGUAUGCGUGUGAGAAGAUAUUAAAAUUGCCACUUUACAGCCGCUAUGUACAUUUUGCGUUUGCAUGCUUCUGAAUUUCCGACCACAUUCCUGUGUUUUUACUGCACAAAAAGAAUCACCACGUCAAGCUCUCCACAUUGCUUUCCAUCUCCCGAUAUUCCAGGGAUUAUAGUAUAGUAACGUUUAUUGACAGGAGUGCUGAACAGAGAAUAGUCGAGUCAUAGUGACGUCAUUUGACCCUUGUCGUGAUUCCCGGUAACUUCUCCUGAUCAGAGAAGAUGCAAUAGUGUCUCCCCAGAUGUUAAUUUCCAUGCAACUGCGACUCCUUGACACAAGGUUCAGUCUUGAUGUAUUCACUCAGCCCUGCCUUUCCAAAAGUUUACAAUAAAUAAAUAUCUGUAUUACA